AUGGCCGACUUGGAAAAGGUGGCUUCUGCUGCCUCGAGGAGAUCUGACCGAGCCCCGUCCCUGAGCAGAGUGUACUCUGCGCCUCAUAUGGAUAAUCAAAAUGCAUUCUAUGCUACGUCGAAGGAGGCAAAUGGCCAGGAGACAGACUCUGUGGUGCCGUCAUAUACUGGAAGAGACGAUGACAACGCGGAUCUGGAGAACGGCAACGGUAGUAGCGAUGGUCACGAGGAUGAUCUGCAGCCAACCCAAAGUUCCAGGUCUCGACGCUCUGAACGAGAUCCCAAACUGGUCACCUGGAAAGGGCCUGACGACCCUGAAGAUCCAAAGAAUUGGUCAAUGAGGAGACGCUGGGCCGCUGUUUUCGUGGUCUCGUGCUACACCUUCAUAUCACCAGUAUCCUCAUCUAUGGUCGCGCCAGGCUUGACCGCCAUUGCCAAAGACCUAAACAUUACGAACGAAGUCGAACUCGAAAUGACUCUGUCCAUCUUUGUCCUAGCAUACAGUAUCGGGCCGCUCUUUUUGGGCCCGCUCUCUGAAAUAUAUGGCCGAGCGAUCGUCUUGCAGAUUGCCAACCUUUUCUUCCUCGUCUUCAAUAUUGCCUGCGGUGUUGCUCAGACAAAAACGCAGAUGAUUGUGUUUCGGUUCUUGUCCGGCUUAGGCGGUAGUGCGCCGUUAUCAAUCGGAGGCGGCGUCAUGAGUGACUGCUUCAGGGCCGAGGAAAGAGGGCGAGCAGUAUCCAUCUACAGUCUUGCACCCCUUUUGGGACCCGCAGUUGGUCCCAUAGCUGGAGGGUUCAUUGCCGAAAACACAACUUGGCGAUGGUGCUUCUAUUCAACGUCCAUUUUGACCGGCGUCAUACAAUUUAUCGGGCUUUUCCUUUUACAAGAGACAUACGGCCCGGCAUUGCUGAGUAGAAAGGCCAAGAAACUACGCAAAGAAACUCAGGAUCCAUCCUGGCACACCGAAUAUGAAGACGCAAACCGCACUUUUACCACUCUCCUAUCCACAUCUCUACGCCGCCCAUUCAUCCUCCUCGCAACCCAACCGAUUGUCCAGGUUUUGGCGUUGUUCAUGGCGUACAUCUAUGGCCUAAUGUAUCUCAUGCUGGCAUCUUUCCCCGGUCUCUGGACCGGCGCAAACCAUUACAACGAGUCCGUUGGUAUCGGAGGCCUCAACUACAUUUCCCUGGGCCUCGGAUUUUUCCUCGGAUCCCAAAUCAGCGCACGUUUGAUCGAUCUCAUCUACCGAAAACUAAAAAUGCGAAACGGCGGCGUCGGCGCCCCCGAGUUCCGCACCCCGCUGCUCUUCAUAGGAGCAUUAGCGAUCCCCAUUGGUCUUUUCAUUUAUGGUUGGACGGCGCAGUACAAAACACAUUGGAUUGUACCCAAUAUCGGUGCUGUGAUAUUCUCCGUUGGCGCCAUCAUGACCUUCCAGUGUAUCCAGACGUAUCUGGUUGAUGCCUAUACACGAUAUGCGGCUAGUGCUUUGGCAGCCGUCACUGUCUUGCGGUCCCUGGCUGGAUUUGGGUUUCCCCUGUUCGCUCAAUAUAUGUACAACGCACUGGACUAUGGUUGGGGUACUAGUUUAUUGGCAUUUGUUGGGAUAGGCAUCGGAGUUCCGGCUCCGCUGCUUUUGUGGAAAUAUGGUGCGAAGCUGCGGGCGAUGAGUCCGUUCGCUGCUGGAUAG